ACUUUCAGACUGCAGUAUCACUGAAGAAGGUUAUAAAGCUCUGGCUUCAGCUCUGAGGUCAAACCCUUCACACCUGAUAGAGCUGGAUCUCACAGGAAAUGAUCCUGGACAAUCAGGAGUGAAGGAGCUCAAUGAUUUACUACAGGAUCCAAACUGUCAACUUAAGAUACUGAGUCUGUGUAGAUGCAGAAUUACAGAGGAACAGUGUCUCAUCCUGACUUCAGCUCUGAAAUCAAACCCAUCACACCUGAAAGAACUGAACCUGAGCAGGAAUAAACUAGGAGACUCUGGAGUGAAAGUGAUCAGUGAUCUACUGAUGAACACACAAUUCAAGCUGGAGAAACUACAUCUGUAUAAUUGCAGUAUUACAGAGAAACAGUGUCUCAUCCUGACUUCAGCUCUGAAAUCAAACCCAUCACACCUGAGAGAACUGAACCUGAGCUUGAAUAAACUAGGAGACUCUGGAGUGAAAAACCUCAGUGAUCUACUGAUGAAAACACAAUUCAAGCUGGAGAAACUAGAUCUUUGUAGAUGCAGAAUUACAGAGGAACAGUGUCUCAUCCUGACUUCAGCUCUGAAAUCAAACCCAUCACACCUGAGAGAACUGAACCUGAGCUGGAAUCAAAUAAAAAACACAGGAGUGAAUCACUUAUGUGACGUACUGAAGGAUUCACACUGUAAACUGGAGAGAUUGAGGUCAGUAACAUUCACAUACAAGAAUCAAAAUGAUUAAAAUCACUUCAACAGUUUAAACCAAAACACUUUAUAGUAUCUAACGAUGUCUACAGAAGCUUCUUA